AUGUCAAUUCCUGCCUUACCAUUCAAAGUAAAGACAAUAGUGUCUUGGGCAGGAGAAGAAGAAGGUGAUCUCGGUUUUAUUGAAAACGAAGUGGUGGAAGUUUAUUCCAUAGUUGAUGAAAGUUGGUGGAGUGGAAAGUUACGAAGAAAUAAUGCUGAAGGUAUUUUCCCUCGAGAUUAUGUUGAAAUCAUAGAAGAUAGAUUGAAUCAUUCUUCCAGCAACAAUUCAUUGAAUAAUUCUAGAUUCAAUACUCCAACUAAACAACAGCCAUUGCAAGACGAUCCAAGGAUGAGAAGAAGCAAUGGAAGUACCCCUCAGACAUUGUUGAACAAAUUGACUCCUUCAAAACCACCUCCUAACCCAUUGAACAAUCCAAACAUGUCUUUUGAAUACGAGGCUGAUGGUAGUUUUGACAACAGUUUCAAAGCAACCGGGUAUACUCCAACCAAGGCCACUAGAUCCAAGAAAUGCAUGCUGUCAAUUAUCAAUCAUCCUAGGAAUAAAAUGGCGUAUCAACAACAGCAAGAAGAAAUGUUACGAGACGUUGAGGUAGAUGACGGUUCAUUCACCCAAACUCCUAGGUUAAUUCAGUCCGAUUCCAAAAGAUUCUCACAGCACGAGAAGUAUUAUAGUUCACCAGACGUAAGGAUUAAGAAUAGUAGAUCUCAGUCAUUUGUGCCUCGAGAAAAUAAUUCUCAACAACAUUACCCAAAAUCACAAUCUUAUGCUGAUUUAACCACACCGAGGAAUGGUACCCAAAUUUCUUCACCCCCUUAUCAACAAGGCGCUGAACCAUAUGGCCUGCGCCAACAUUCUCCAAAUGGUGGAUAUAGAAGUGGUCAGAUUCCACAAGAAGACGAUAUCCUAAAUGAUUUCGAAGAAAUUUCUCGAAAACGAGCCCAAUUAGAAUAUGAAUUGCAAAAGUUGAAACAAUUAGAAAGAUCAUCUAUAAUGAAGAAAAGUCCAAUUGCAAAACAUCUACAUGACAAUAACCCAUCAAUUGACUCAUAUUCUAGUAAUGAGGACUCCAAGAAACCAUACCCUUCUCGUGACGACUUAAGUAAGAAACUAUCCAGAUCGGUCACAGACGAGGAUUAUGAAGAUGACGAAUAUGACGAUAAUCGCCAAUACAUAAGAAGCAAUCAUGGGUCAGCCUCACCUGAAAGAGAGGAAUCUCCACCUCCCCCACCACCACCCAAGCAUGCAACACCAAUCAGAAAGAAUUAUGAAACUGAGAAUCAGUUAUUUCAGAAAGCUUCAUUCAAUGGAAGUGGAAGUCAGAUAGAUGUAACUGAGAAGGAUCUUCAAAGAUUGGCUCUUCAACACGAAGAAUUGAAGGCUUCAAUCAAGUCAUUACAAAGUGAUGUAUUGAACUUAUCCGAAUUGAGUGCAACAAGUGCCGGCUCCUUCAUGAGACACAAGUAUGAGAAACAACUCCGUCAAAGUGAAUUAGGAAUGAAUGGGAUGUCAUUAGAAGAGAAGGAAGCUGAAGAAAACGAACAAAACGAUGGACCUAGUCCCCAAGAACCAGAAUUUCGUAUUCCUACAGGUACAAAAGAAACAAUGGAUCAUGUUUUCCAAGAUAAGAAAUCAAGACAUCCUAACAUCUUUAAGAAGUUGUUAAAGAAAUCUAACUCGGACGAUAUUGCAUUAAACCACCCAAUUGAACAGAGGUUCAAGAAACAAGAAGAAAUUGAUAUGACCGCUUUUAAAAUGGACAUUGAUCGGAUGAAUUCUUUAACUACACUGGAUAAGCAAGGUAGAACGAGACGUGUUGUUAGAGAAGAAGGUAGUUUGAUUGUGAAACCCUUGGAUUUUAUUUCGGAAAUCAAUACCAAUGAGACAGUUAUCGAAGAUGCCGAAGUUCGGACUGGGGUUGCGGGUCAAUUCACACUUGAUGAGAUGCAAUAUUCUAAAGUGGAAAAAUUUAUGGAAAGUUAUUCUAUCAAUUCCGAUUUAAAUGACAUGAUUUCUGAUAUUUCGACUAAAUUUCAUACUUCGAAGCUUAAUCAAAUUAGAUGUAUCUUAUUACAUUUUUGUAAAUUUAGAAUCAUCGAGGAAUCAUCCAAAAUUCUGACAAUUAAACCAAAACUCACCGAAGUUCAAUACAAAGGAGAAGCAUCCAUUUAUCAACUCAAUUAUUUAUUCAAGAAGAUUUUAGAUGCAUUGAGAAUCCCACUGGAAGUUGUGUUAGGAUUUUGGAAGAAACCCAAUGAAUUCUAUCAUAAUGAACAAUAUGUUAUCAAUCACUGUUGGUUAUCAAUUUUAAUUGAUGGAAAUUUCCGAAUUUUGGAUAUCUACAAUUUCAAACAUGUAUCUGUUUGUAAUUUACGUUCCAAGUUCAAUGAAUUCUAUUUCUUAUCAGAACCAUUAAGUUUAGUAUCUACUCAUAUCCCAUCUAUUAUUGAUUUACAACAUGUCAUGCCACCCAUUGAUCCAAAUAUUGCAUUUUAUUUACCUAGAACAUAUUCCGGUUUCUAUAAAAACAAUUUAUCAAUCCGUAAUUUCAACAAUGCAUUAACAAGAUUAAAAGAUUGGGAAUUCUUUGAAUUGGAAUUAGAUAUUCCUCAAGAUGUUGAAUUAUUCACCCUUGUGAAAACCGCCAAAAUCACCACCAAUGAUCUCAGUCUCUGUCAGAUCAAAUGGACCAAACAUAAACGAAUUGCCAAAAUUAAAGCCAUCUUACCAGAACGUGAAUCCAUUGGGGUAUUGCAAAUUUUUGCCGGUCCAAAGGGAUUACAAAAACAUUUUGAAAAUAUUCAUGAAUUAUCAGUAGUCAUCCCAUUAUAUCAUCAAGGUAUUCAUAAACCUACCAAAUUCGUCCAAAGGUUCCCAACGGUACAAAGUCAACGAAAUGAUUUAUAUAUCAUAAAACCUCAAACUAAUAAAAUCAUUGUUAAGACAUCAUAUAAUUUUGAAAUUGAACAAUAUCCUUCUCAAGGAUUAGAUGAAUUGAUGGUGACAAAUGAAGAAUUCAAAUUAGUUAUCGAAUCACCCUCGGGGAAGUAUUUUAAAUUGAAUAAAGAGAAUACGGAUUUGGAUAAACCAUAUGGGGUUUAUUCUUCAAAUAUCAAAUGUCUGGAGACGGGAUUGUAUCGUGGGUUGGUCAUUGGCGAUAGUGGGACUAGUUGUAAAAUUUGCAGAGACAGAAAAUUACUCCAAAUAUCAUCAAACUACUCAUUUCCAUCAGCAAUCAUGUCCACAGCAGCAGUAGCAACUAGACGACCCGAAUCCAACAAAGCUCGUGAAUCCCCAGCCACUACCCAGAAUUACUCAAAAGAAAAGAAAGUUGGGGAAGGUACAUAUGCCGUGGUUUACCUUGGGCAUCAAAUCACCACCAAACGACGGAUUGCCAUCAAAGAGAUCAAAACGGGAAUAUUCAAAGAUGGAUUAGAUAUGUCAGCACUUCGAGAAGUCAAAUAUUUACAAGAGCUUCGACAUCCCAAUGUCAUCGAAUUGAUUGAUGUUUUUUCUACCACAAAUAACUUAAAUCUAGUAUUGGAAUUCUUACCUUGUGAUUUAGAAGUUUUAAUUAAAGAUAAAUCAAUAGUAUUCAAAUCGUCAGAUAUAAAAUCCUGGUUAUUGAUGACACUUCGAGGAAUUCAUCAUUGUCAUCGAAAUUUCAUCUUACACCGAGAUUUAAAACCAAAUAAUUUAUUAAUUGCACCUGAUGGACAAUUAAAAAUUGCUGAUUUUGGACUUGCCCGAUCCCUCGGAAAUGCCAGUGAAGAUCUUUCAUCCAACGUAGUUACACGAUGGUAUCGUGCUCCUGAGCUCUUAUUUGGAGCAAAGCAUUAUACUGGUGCCAUUGAUAUUUGGUCAAUUGGGAUCAUAUUUGCCGAAUUAAUGUUACGUAUCCCUUAUUUACCAGGCAAGGAUGAUAUUGAUCAAUUAGAUGUGACAUUCCGAGCAUUAGGAACUCCCACGGAACAAAUCUGGCCCCAUGUGUCGAGUUUACCUUUGUAUAAUUCUUUGAAAUUGUAUCCACCCCCUUCGAAACAGGAAUUGAGAAAUCGAUUUAGUGCAGCGACGGAAAAGGCACUUGAUUUGUUGAUUUGUAUGACACAAUUGGAUCCUUCGAGACGGUGUGAUUCGACUCAAGCUUUAUUGCAUGAUUAUUUUAUUGAGAGUCCUAGAGCUACUGAUCCGAAGAAUUUGCCAGGGAAAGGAGAUGAUAAGAAGAGGGCUGGAGAAGACGGAAUUGAUGGUGAUUCAAAACGAAGACAUAUGUAG